CUGUCAAGGUCAUUACUGAGCAAAGUCAUUAUCAUUGGACGGAGUCUUCACGUGACAACAUAAAUCGUUUAGGUGCAGCGUUGUGACGUUCAGUUUGUUGCUUCCCGCCCCCCUCGGAAAUGGUCCCUUUACCUGGUGCAGAGUUGGUGCACAAGCCUUUACAGCUUUAUCGCUACCUUCUCCGGUGCUGCAAGCAACUUCCUGCAGAAAACCUCCAGAAUCAUUACAAGCAUGCGGUGCAGCAGGUACUCGUUGAAGCAGAAGGUAGUUUUCGAGUUCAUGCGGAUGAGGAUGACCCAGAAAGGAUACAUCAGAUCAUAAAAAGGGCCAUUGAAGAUGCUGAUUGGGUAAUGAAUAAAUAUAAGAAACAAACCUAAGAACAUCCAAAAUUAUAUUGAAAACGUACAUGCUAUGGAGGUGAAAAGUGACUCUUUGGUGAUCUCUGCUGCUGAAACCUGGGAAAAGAAUGUUAAACAGUUUCCCCCUGCCUGCUUGUAAUCGAAGGCUUACCUGUAUAAGGUGCAUGGGAAUCUGAAGUCCAAGGGAAUAGCGGAACGUAGGAUGUGUAUUGAUUUGGGAGUCUUUUAGUUUUACUCUAUUGUGUUA